AUGGAGGAGAUCAUCACAGCAACAAACAACUUCGAUUCAACUCACAUUAUGCAAAAUUGUGCAUUUCAUAAUAAGGAGACCAUAUUUGAUAUGGAUGAUUAUAUUGUUGAUCUGAAUUAUGAUAUGUAUAAGGGUUAUCUAGAUGAUCGCCCAAUCAUUGUUAAGAAGUUCAUGUACUCGUCCUUGGAGGAGGAUAAAGCUCGGUCCUAUGCUAUACGUGACAUCGUCAUUGCAACCCAGAUGAGCAACCAUAACAACGUUUUAAAGCUCUUAGGCUGUUGUUUAGAAUUUCCUAUACCGGCUCUUGUGCAUGAAUACGCAGCAAAUGGAGUUCUCAAUGAUAAAGGAGGUUUUGGAGCUGAUGAAGAAUUCCUACCUUGGAAGAUCAGGUUGCGUAUUGCUAAGCAGCUUGCAAAUGCACUUACGUAUCUCCACACUGCUCUUCUCAGGCCAGUCAUCCAUAGGGAUAUAAGACCCUCCUCCAUUUUCUUGGACCAUAACUUUGUUCCUAAACUCUCCAACUUCUCAGUCUCCAUAACAAUCCCUCCUCACCAAUCGUAUGCAAGUGAUGAUACGGAUAUUAUGUCUUUGUACUGUGUUCCUGAAUAUUUAGAGUCUUGUUCUGUUACCGAGAAAAGUGAUGUCUAUAGCUUCGGCAUGCUUUUACUUAUUUUCUUAACAGGGAAAAGUGCUAAAGCUAUUUCUUGGAAAAUAAGGCCAUUAAUUUAUAGCUAUGUGAGAGAACAUGUUCUAAACGAGCAGAUGAUCACUAAAAUUAUGGAUCCCAAUAUUUUUAGCGAGGAAGGAGGAGAUGGACAAGCACAACAAGUGAAAGCUUUUUUAGCACUAGCUUUGACAUGCCUUCGAUGGAAAGGUGAAGAAAGGCCUGAUAUGAUUGAUGUGGCAAAAGAGCUCAUGCGGAUUGACAAGUCCAUAUGA